CAGGCGGCAGGUGCGUGGACUUGAGCAGGGUGGGCGGGGCGGCAUUCAUUCCUCUCCGCUCCCUUCCCGGGGACUGUGGGCGUGGGUGUGGAUAAUUCAAUCCCCGUGGGAUCUAGCGUCUGGCCUCACCCGCAGCUCGGCGGAUUGGUUGAUGGUUUCAGCUCGCCCCCGCCCUCCUUCCCUCAGCGUCCCAGGUGGCUCAGGCCCCCUGUGGUGCUCUCUGUUUACGGAGAGAGCCCGUCCAAGUUGGGCUCCAUCUCUGCAAUCGCUCCCCUCUGAGAACCCGCCCGCCCGGGGAGUGGGGAGAAAACCAGGCCGUGCCAUUCCUCGUCCUUCCCCUUCCCCCACCGCCCGGAGAGGUCGGAAGGCGAUGACCCCCAAGCCGGCCGGACCCCCGGACGGGGGCUGGGGCUGGGUGGUGGCGGCCGCAGCCUUCGCGGUGAAUGGGCUCUCCUACGGGCUGUUACGCUCCCUGGGUCUUGCCCUCCCUGACCUCGCGGAGCACUUUGACCGAAGCGCUCAGGACACAGCGUGGGUCAGCGCCCUGGCCCUGGCCGUCCAGCAGGCAGCCAGCCCAGUGGGCAGCGCCCUGAGUACCCGCUGGGGGGCGCGCCCGGUGGUCAUGGUUGGGGGCGUCCUCACCUCGCUUGGCUUCGUCUUCUCGGCUUUCGCCCGCAGUCUGCUGCACCUCUACCUCGGCCUGGGCGUCCUCGCUGGUUUCGGCUGGGCCCUGGUGUUCGCCCCUGCCCUCGGCACUCUCUCGCGUUACUUCUCCCGCCGUCGAGUCUUGGCCGUGGGGCUGGCACUCACGGGCAACGGGGCCUCCUCGCUGCUCCUGGCGCCCACCUUGCAGUUCCUCCUUGAUACUUUCGGCUGGCGGGGCGCCCUGCUCCUCCUUGGCGCCAUUACCCUUCACCUUACCCCCUGUGGCGCCCUGCUGCGCCCCCUCACGCUCCCUGGGGACGCCCCGGCCCCACCGCGCGGGCCCCUAGCUGCCCUCGGCCUGGGUCUCUUCACACGCCGGGCCUUCUCAGUUUUCGCUCUGGGCACGGCCCUGGUGGGGGGCGGCUAUUUCGUCCCCUACGUGCAUUUGGCCCCUCACGCUUUAGACCGGGGCCUGGGGGGGUAUGGGGCAGCUCUGGUGGUGGCGGUGGCCGCGGUGGGGGACGCGGGCGCCCGGCUGGUCUGCGGGUGGCUGGCGGACCAGGGCUGGGUGCCCCUCUCGCGGCUGCUGGCGGUGUUCGGGGCUCUAACCGGGCUGGGGCUGCUGGCCGUGGGACUGGUGCCCGCGGUGCGGAGCGAGGAGGGCUGGGGGGGCCCCCUGCUGGCCGCGGCUGGGGCCUACGGGCUGAGCGCCGGAAGUUACGCCCCGCUGGUUUUCGGCGUGCUCCCGGGGCUGGUGGGCAUCGGCGGUGUCGUACAAGCCACCGGGCUGAUGAUGAUGCUGAUGAGCCUCGGGGGGCUUCUGGGCCCUCCGCUGUCAGGCUUCCUAAGGGAUGAGACCGGAGACUUCACCGCCUCCUUCCUCGUGUGCGGCUCUUUCAUCCUCUCUGGCAGCUUUAUUUACAUGGGGCUGCCCGCAGCGCUGCCCUCCUGCCGUUCAGCCUCACAUCCAGCCACCUUUCCCCCUGAGAGGGGGGAGCUGCUCCCUGCUCCUCAGGUUGCUCUGCUUUCGCCAGGAGGCCCUCACUCCUCCCUGGAUACCGCUUGUUGACCAUGUUGUUUGAGCCCCUCCCCCAAUAAAGAAUUUCUAUCCGGUUUUCCUGCAAGCUCCAA